ACAAAAAGUCUGGGUACCCAACAAAAACAGACUGUUAAAAAUGGAAUCAUAAAAGAUAGGUUAAAUUUUUAGUCUGUAAACAAAAUUUAAGCAACAAUAAAAAUGGGUUUAUUAACAGACCCAAGAGCAGGGAAUAUGAAAAUUAUUAAGUUUAUUUUACAAUGGCAAAAACUAAUAUGUUUUUUAAUGUAUAUCGCUGGUGUUACAUGGAUUUCACUUUUAGCCCUGCCGGUUUUUAAUGACAAUACAUAUUUUUCGGAGAAUGCAUUAUUGCCUGGUUUAGUAACUAAACAAAGUAAUUUAGAUGCCAGUGCAAAACAAUUUCACCAAGAACUAGUCAGUGAAAUGAAAAGAUAUCCUGAUGGGAUGCCUUACUCGUGGAUUUUAGCUAAAUUUAACCAGUUACAUUUAGAUGUUUAUACUCACAAUUUCACACUGAACUAUCCAUUUAAAAAACAACAGUUCACCGGGCAAAAUGUUUAUGGAAUUGUUCGAGCACCUAGAUCAUCUAGUACUGAAGCAAUUAUUGUCAGUGUACCUUAUAGGCCCAUUAAUAGCGUGCAUAUGACGACUGCACCAUCAAUUGCGUUAUUACUUGCCUUUGCUAAAUUUUGUAGAAAGCAAAAGUACUGGGCAAAGGAUAUAAUAUUUCUUGUAACAGAACAUGAGCAAUUAGGCAUGCAAGCUUGGUUAGACGCCUAUCAUGGAGUUGUAAGCGGACAAGAAGAUAUUUUAAUACCAGGAGAUUUGUCAGGACGAGCUGGCUCGAUUCAAGCUGCAAUUAAUCUUGAAUUACAUGCUAUGAAAAUUUCAUACAUUGAUGUUAAGGUUGAAGGUUUAAAUGGUCAAUUACCAAAUUUGGAUCUUUUUAAUCUUGCUCAAAACAUGAUCAAGAAAGAAGAAAUACGUCGAUCAUUCCAAAAGAAAUUCGAUAUUUAUCAUAGAAAUAAAUUUAAAAGGUGGUGGUAUUAUUUCAAUACUUUAUCAUCGAUGAUUAUGACUCAAGCUACUGGAGUACCAACGGGAAAUCAUGGUUUAUUUCAUAGGUAUGGUAUUGAAGCAAUUACUCUUGAAGGUUUUGAAAGAACAGAGAGAGGAAAUGAAGCAAAUUUCAAUCAAGUCGGCAAAGUUGUUGAGAGUAUUAUUAGAUCAUUAAAUAAUUUACUCGAACGUUUUCAUCAGUCAUUUUUCUUUUAUUUGUUGCCAUCAACCGAUCGAUACAUUUCUAUAGGACUGUACAUGCCAUCAUUAGUAUUAAUUGUUGGCAGUUUAUUUAUAAAAGCAUUUUCUAUGUGGUUAAAAUUACAAGAUAUACCAGUAAAUACUGACGAUAGUUGUAGUAAGAUUAGUAAAGUCAGCCAAUGUAUAGACAACGAAGAAAAAUCAGCAGAAGAUUUUCAAGUGGGAAAUAUAGCAUCAGAAAUACUAUGGUGUCAUUUAUUUGGUGUAGCAGUAAUGUCUUCACCAAAAUUGAUAACAUCAUUGGGAAUGCAGUUCUUUAACUUACAAACUGAGGAUUCAAUUUAUUAUGGAUUUUUUACAAUGACAUUACUUAUGUUAAUGUGGUUUUUCUUUGUUAAAAGGUCAUCAAAAUACGACAAUACAUCACUUAUAUGUGUUGUUGUGCUGGUAGAAUUAGCUACGACUUUAAUGUGUAUUGGAAUGCAUAAUUUUUCAUUCGCAUUACUCACCAGUAUUAUUUACGUUCCAAUUAUUCUUCUUAUUAAUCCAAAAAAAGAACCAAGCUCCAAGUACCGUAAAUUAUUAUAUAUUUUUUGGACAUUAUUACAUCCAUUUGUAAUUGUCUCUGUGAUUGUUAUGGGAUAUACUUAUUUUCAUUUUUCUGAAGACUCAUUUAUGGAAGUUAUAGAAAAAGGAAUAAAUGCUUCGAAAAAAUCGUUGGUAUUUAGUAUUAUUGAUUCUAUGAUUUAUGGAAAUUGGUUGUACAAUAUAGCGACUAGUGUAUUACUUCCAAUUUGGCUUUUAUUAUCUAAUGUAAUUGCAACUAAAACAGUUAAUUAUUAAAGAACAUUAUAAUAAAAAAAUUAAGGAUUCAUAGGUAUAAUGU